UUCGAACGGUCGCUAAAUAACUUCUUCGCCUCCUUCGACGGCGUUCAUUCCUGUCGGAUCCGAACUCACACCUCCUCGCCGUUCGUCUGUUUGAUCGGAAGCAACGGCGACGAGGCGAGCUUGCUCGUUGCGUAGCCAUAUUUCUUCCGUUCGCGCGCUUCUUCGGCCAAAUCCCGUGUGGAUCACUUGGGGCAACAAUCUGCUACUGACUAGAACAUUAGAAGAGCGGGCGAAAGCGAAGAUUCGUACCGCAGCAUCUCCAGUUCACUACUCGUUCGGGACGUCCUUGGAGCCAAAAACUCCAUCACGGCCGCCGCUGAGGGUAAACCUAGGAAUAUAUAGGUCUAAGAAGAGGAAGAGGACGCAGUGAUGAUGGAUUCGAGUCUUGAGCUUCAGGAAUCCGGUUGGGAGGAACUAAGGAAAGAGGCAAGGAAGAUCGAGGGAGAUCUUGACAUCAAACUCUCUUCCUAUGCCAAACUGGCGGCCAGAUUCACGCACGCUUCAGGUAUUACGGAUAAUGGAUCCCCUAAUAUUGGAGCGAACAGAUCAUGGACCUCUAUGGAAAUGGAGAUAGAGUCCUUGUUAGAGAAGCUACUGGACAUUAAUGAUUCCAUGAGCCGUUGCGCUGCAUCUGCAGCAUCAACCACAUCUAUUACACAAAAGUUAGCAAGGCACAGGGACAUAUUACACGAGUACUCACAGGAGUUUCGACGGACCAAAUCAAACUUGAAUUCCAUGAGGGAGCAUUCUGAGCUACUCAACUCUGUCAGAGAUGACAUUAGUGAAUCGAAGGGAUCUGGAAGUAUGUCACCAACGAUGCACCUUUUACGGGAAAGAGCAUCAAUUCAUGGAAGUAUAAACCUUAUCGAUGAAGUUAUAAACCAGGCCCAAGCUACAAGAUCAGUUCUGGGUACACAACGAGCUUUCUUUGGACAUGUUCAGGGUAAAGUAAAGCAAUUGGGCGAUAAUUUUCCGAAGAUCCGUGGCCUAUUAGGUGCAAUCAGCAGGAAGCGUUCAAAGGACACACUCAUCCUUGCAGCAGUUAUUGCAGCCUGCACUCUAUUUCUGAUCAUCUACUGGCUUUCAAAAUAAUAGAAAAUAUUCAGUCAUUCUCUGCUACAAAUUAAAGGUUGGGAGCAGAUUAUUUGUUUAUGUGCUCUUGGUUUCUUGCCCUCAGCCCAAACCUAAUUUCUGCAUCAAAACUUGUUUUCCUGACUUGCUAUGGUGUAUAGAAUCUGUUAUUAGCUUUAGUUCAUAGGGAUUCUGCAAUGCAAAGAUUUAUGGAGAGAUUUUUAUUUUUCCAAUGAAGUUGAUUAUUUUGUAACGGUGCACUUAUUGUUUAAAUUGCUUAUUCCUGCAA